AUGCUUGAUGAGAGCGCGACGUCAGUGGACCCCAAGGGUCUAGGGCGUGUCCUGAUUGUUGUCUCCAUCAUUUUCUUGAUCCUUACCGGAAUAGUUGUUAUUCUGCGUUGUGUUGUUCGAUUGAAGUAUCGUCUCUUUGGUAUUGAUGAUGGUCUGAUGCUUAUCGGAUGGAUACUACAUGUUACAUUCACUGCUGUUGGUAUGCGUGCCAUUUACGCAGGCGUGGGAACAAAAGAUAAAGACUUGAACGCAUACCUGCAAGUCGAUGGUCGAAAGUGGAUGUGGAUCGGUCAAGAAAUUUACAGUUUCUCGUUGAUACCUCUCAAAGCGUCCAUCUGCGUUACUCUCCUACGCAUCGCCGUCACCAAAACUCAUCGAAGGAUCGUCUGGACAACCCUCAUCUUUACUAUUGUCACCACAUUAUAUAACGCCAUCGGCUAUGUCGUGUCCAUUAGUGCAGUUGUUUCGGAUUGGAUUUGUGCUGUUUUGCCUAUUUUCAUGCUCUACAAGUCCCACAUGAGGAAAGCCACCAAGGUCUCGGUCAGCAUCAUCCUUGGUCUGGCUGCAUUGGCCUCGCUCUGCACUAUUGUUCGUUUACCUUAUCUGAGAGCAUUCGCACAACCUGUUAAUUACUUAUACAACGUCGGAAACAUAGUCCUCUGGUCCACCCUCGAGUCGGGAAUUGGAAUUAUCGCUGGGUCCUUACCGUCACUACGAAAACUCGUCAGCUCUCGUUUCCAUUUCGACUCAUCAACGGGUAGCUCCCCGACUCACAUCACGCCAUUUUCUGGAACCAGUAGAGCCGUUAUCACUUCGCAAUCAGUGUCGGCAGGGCGACGAACUCACAGGGGCGAGGUUGGUGAUAAUUGGGAGCAGCUUGAUGAUGUUGAGGGCGCAUCCAGUCAGAAGAUUUAUGUCAAGGUGGACUUGGAGAUGCAGUCUUUGGAGAGACCAGAGACAUCGAGGGAGUCACAUGGGUCCCGCGAAGAUUUGGUACAUCCAUAA